CUCUGAACACUGAAGGUACAAUAGGAAAGCUCUAGAGAGAGCUGUUUGUAAACAUCAACAUGGCGACUCUUGGUGUGUCGGAUCAGUUCGACAAAUAUUUUGGAACUUGGAGGAUCGUUGAAUGUGUUUCAUUGGCAGGAACAGUCGAUACAACAGGCAUUGAAGGAUCAGAAUUCCACUUGGAUGAUAGUGGAGAUGUGUCAUGGAAACUUGUAGAUGAAACAGAUUCAGCACCAUUUUUUAGUUCUGAUUCAUACGAGUUCACAGCUGGAAGACAUGGAUCUGUGUUACUUAAGUUUUUUGGAACUUUUAGAGAACAUGUCAUUGAAUUUAAAGCUGAGAUAUCAGAUGAUUUGAUGUUAUUGACAUGUGAAAGAUGUUGUAUGCUACAGUGUCAGAAGAUAUGUGAAGAAGACCCAGAAGUACUAGAACAGUAUACAUAUACUGAAGCAUUAGAUCAAGGUUACUUCCAUGAUGUAGCAAUAAAAGCUGAUACUGGGAAAAUAUUCAAAGUUCACUCAGUAAUAUUGAGCAUGACAGCCCCUGGUUUAGCAUGGACCAGUACACCACCUCCCCUGAGUGGGUUGAAGGAAGAUAUUUUAGAGACAGUUUUACAUUAUUUGUAUACAGAAUGUCUUCCUAAAGGAUUAUCUGAAGAAACCACUAGAGACUGUAUCAAAGUGGUUGGCAAAUUACCAGGACUGGAAAAUUUUACACAGAUUUGUCAAAGUUUCUUGAAGAAUACUGCUCUUAAACAACAAAUUGUCAGUUUGAUAGCGGACAUGCAUGCUUGCGCUGACAGAAUCGUAGAUUUAUUUAAAUGUCGACAACGAGGAAACACAAUGGUACCUGACGAUGUUCUGUCACAUAAUCCUGCUAAGUUGUGUUAUGUAAUGAAACAGGCAUUGAGAGAAGGGGCUAUAGCUUUUUCCAAGUACAUGAUUUUGUGUGAUUUGUUUGCUAGAAGGAGUGGUGAGCUUCCCAGAGAAGAAAGACAUGAUAUUAUUAAAUACACUAAAACCAGAUUCCAUAUAUUCAUAAAGCAACUCCAUGAAUUUUUCGAUGCCUUUAAGACACAGUUAUCUUACAAAGAACCAGAACAAGAUGACGAAAUAGCCACAUAUUUUUUACCAGAGCUAGAGGUAUCCUUGUCAACGUUAACCAAGUUUGUAGAAGAUUUCAAAUCAGCUUUAGAUACUGCAAUAUCUAAAAACAUCUCAGACAAAGAAAAAGCAGAUAAGACAGAAAAGCAUAAAAAAGAUGUAAAAGAUGUCUUAGGAAAAACAUUAAAACAUGCUUUACAUAUACGAGAGUUAAAGAAAUUAAAAUAUAUCCACGACACAGCUUCGGGGAAGUUUGAAUUCUUUCUUGAUAAGGCAGGACGUUUCAAUAGAAAGUCAGUCCAUGAGAGGAAAAGUUUAAUCUCCUCAUUCUUACAGACCCUCAAAGAUAGAGAGGCUCCAUUGAUAAUACAGAGAGUAGAACAGUUUGCCUUUAUGAUAGAGGAAAAAUGGAAAUGGAAAGAAUGGAAGUAUUUAUUUAAACUAACAUCAUCUAAGAUGGCUUGGACAGUGAGUAAACUAUGCAGCUACAGACACACUUUACAACCAGCAAUCAAUGAGUUAAUAGAGAUAGUCAACAAAGAAGAGUUUACUAACUCAUUAUCCAUGCUAGGACUAACAUCAGAAACCAAAACAGAAAGCUCAACCAAAGAGGAAAGUAAAAAAUCUACAAAAUACGCCAAAUUAAGUUCUGUAGAAUCUUUAUGUAUAUCACCUAAUGCUAGAGAUAGUCUAACUGCCAAGAGGGCCUUAGAUUUAUUUAAAAAGAAACAGAAAACAGACAUGGUAUUUGAAAUCAUUAUUAUACAUGAUACUGGUGACACUGUGAUAGACCAUACACAUGGAGAUCCCAUAGAGAAAACAGAAUCUGACAGGGAUACAGAUCACUAUGAAAUUCCUGCUCAUUGUGUCAUAUUAGCAACGAGAUGCCGGUGGUUCCAAAGAGCAUUACUUAGUGGUAUGAGAGAAUCCAUAGACAAGAAAAUAACCAUCCAUGACACCAACCCAGAAGUGUUCAACCUGUUCCUAGAGUUUGUAUAUGGAGGAAAUCUAGAUACCUCACACAGUACCCCAGAACAGCUUACUGAACUUCUCACAUUAGCCGAUAGAUAUGAGGUGGACACAUUAAAGAGUGUAUGUGAGCAUGCUUUGGGGAAACAUGUCAACAACGAAACAGCUUUGUAUCUUUUCAGUAUGGCAGAUCAACUCCAAGCAAAGGCAUUAAAGGAACAGACAGUGUCUUAUAUACAGAAACAUCCUGUUUUGAUGGAAGGUGAACUAUAUAUAGAAUUACCACAGAAUCUGAAGAACGAGAUACAAGCAUUGACAAAUGGAGAGGAUUCCAGUGAUCAAGAAACUCCAAAUGUUGGUGAUAUCGAAGAUAUGAUUCAUAAAGUGGAUUUAGCUGCUGGGACACUGUCAGGAUCUACCAGUUCCUCUUCAACCACCUCCUCUGUGUCAGACUUAAGGAUAGAAGAUCCAGCCAGAUUAGAAGCCUGUGUUCACCAGAUGAAGGAGAUCGUAGGUGAUGACGUCAGUGAUGAGGACCUUAUGUUACAUGUCAUAUCAGCUGAUUACGAUGUCAGUCGAGCCAUCAACUUUUAUUUCAGUUCCUUGUGAUAAUGUCUGAAACUAAAUUAGUGUAGUCAAGCCAUUUAUUUAAAUUAUUUUGUUGAUUUUUGUGAUUUUAUUUCAUUUUGUGAUUUUAUUAUCUGAAUAAGUGGAUAAGCUGUUUCUUUACCACAGUUUAUACAAAUCAAUUUCUGUUCACACAAUUAUAGCAGAUAGAUAAUGUCAAGGGGUUGUACACAAUAGGUCAUUUCCUGAAUCAUAUCUUUCACCGGAAAAGAUCAUCAAUUUUGCACUUCUUUAUGCAGUCAUUUACCAGUGCCUGUAUCCCUGGCUAUUAAAAGUUUCCAGCACUUUCAUAAUCGUCAUUCUGUAGGUUAGUAUAGAAAUAAUUAAUGUUCCGUAAGAAAAUAAUCUUGAUUACCGUAUGACUGAGGGAGGGUGAAUUUGGAAAUUUCUAUGCAUACAUUUUUGUGACAUGGUGACGGAAGUCACAUGACAGAUUCAUCUGAAAACCAUAUCCCGGAACUGGCCUACAUUCCAAAAAUACCAUUAUGUAGGAACAAUUUUCACAUAUCUAAAUGAAAGCUGUUGUGAUUGGAUUAGGAAAAAAAAUUUUGAUUUCUUUUGAAUGGGUAGGAUAUCUCAAAAGAGAUUAUUACAAUAAUACCUACUAUUGAUAAACAAGUGUUUCUCAUCUUCCAUCAAAGUGUAAAGGAUUUUUUUUUGUAAAAUUUAUAUUUUAGCAUUUAAAAAAGUACAAAAACAUGUGCUUUUCAACGGUUAGUGUAUACAAAGCUGAAUCUCAAUGUAGAUUUUGCAUUAGUAAUCUGUGGUUUGGAAACAGUUUUAAUUCACCUUCACUGGUCAAGUUAUUUGAUUUGUUAGUUUGUUGAAUCGAUCGGACUCUUUGAUUUAUGUAGAUGCAUUAUUUUAGGUUUAUAAUUAUAACAAUGUUUUUUUAUCACAAUGCUGUUAAAUGAAUCACACCCAUCAAAAUAUAUAUGCUUAACUAAAUCAUGAGCUUAGUUUUUAUGAUGAAAAAUAUGUGUUUAUAAAAAGUCUAUUAUUUAUUCCAGUAACUUCCCCUUUGUAAAUGUUCUGUUAACAUGAAUGGAUACAUAAUAACUGUUAAUUUGUUUACACUUUCAUAUUUAAAUAAAUGUCUAAGAUAUGUAGCCAUCAUGGUAAAAGCAUUUGAUUAAGUUUGGACAUUUUUGUGCAUUUUUUCUCUGUUCAAACAUGUUUCAUUUAGUUUUUGGUAUUCU